AUGGCUAUCUUCAAAGUUACUCCAUUGCUUUUGGCUGCUCUCACAAGCUAUUUCUCCCUUGGAGCAUUUGCCGCGGUAUCAAACAUCACUUCUUCCGUCACUAUUAACAGUGUUACAUACCACAACGUUGAGUAUGUUGAGAGAGAUGUGGUCGUGAUUGGUGGUGGAUCCUCUGGAACCUAUGCAGCAAUUGGUCUCCUCGACGCGGGCAAGACUGUGGCGGUCAUCGACAAUAAAUCUCGCAUGGGAGGUCACACAGAGACCUAUACUGAUCCUGCAACGGGAAUAUCAGACGACUAUGGUGUUAUUAUCUUCCACAACAUCGAACUUGUCAAAAACUAUGCUGCACGUCUUAACAUCACUUUGGCAGCGGCAGACACAACAGAAUAUGUUCAAUCAAGCGUGUAUGCCGAUUUUCGAACUGGUCUUGAGAAUUCUACUUAUACGACUGCUGACUUUACCGCUGGCCUCAUGCUGUACAUGGAGCAACUUGCAAAAUAUCCAUACCUUGAAAAUGGCUAUGAUUUACCAAACCCAGUACCAGAAGAUCUUUUGCUCACCUUUGGGGAGUUCGCAAUCAAAUACAAUUUCGGCGAUCAAUUCCUUGGAUUCAUGUUCAACUUUGCUCAGGGUCUGGGAGAUUUAUUGGCCAAACCUACUUUAUACGUGCUCAAGAACUUUGGUACCGGUGUCAUCGAAUGUUUUACCACUGGCUUUUUAGCAACGUCUGCACAGGAUAAUAGCUUAAUCUACGAAUCGGCACAAGAAAUUAUCGGCAACGACAGCGUUUUCCUGAGCGCAACAAUUGUGUCAGUAGACCGAAGCGGUGAUUGUGUUCAAGUCCUCAUCAGCACUCCUUCCGGCUACAAAUUCAUCAUUGCCCAAAAAUUGGUCUCCAGCAUUACACCUCAAAUUAACAAUCUUGCAGGAUGGGAUCUUAGCACUUCGGAGAAAACUCUUUUCUCUCAAUUCAACAACUCCGGAUACUACGUUGGUGUUUUUGGUAACACUGGUCUCCCAACCGGUAUCUCUGUUGUCAAUGUCGCCGACAACACCACUUACGGAUUCCCACCUCUUCCAGCCGCUUAUGCCAUCAGCCCUACUGCCAUCCCAGAUGUCUUCAAUCUUUACUACGGUUCCGCAGUCUCUAUCUCUGACGACGAAGUCCGUGCUGCCAUGUAUGGCGAGCUUGAAAGACUCCAAAUCACCGGUAUGACCAAGAGCACACCAGAACUUCUCGCAUACAGCAGACAUACACCAUUUGAGUUAUGGGUUCCAGCUGAAGCCAUUGCUGCUGGUUUCUACAGUGAUUUGUAUGCCCUUCAAGGUCAACGAAACACUUUCUACACUGGAUCUGCUUUCCAUGUUCAAGAUUCUACUAUGUUGUGGCAAUUUACCGAAGCAUUGCUUCCUAACAUCACUGCUAGCUUGGCAUGA